GUUGUUACCGCAUACAUCAUACAUACGACCUAGCAAAUCAGAACCAGUUUCUAUGAACAGGUUCUGUUCUUUAAUAAAUCAACAAUAAAUUGAAAAAAUGGCGGACGAUGCAGAAAGAAGGCUUCUUGAAGAUCAACUCGAGCUUCAAUUACAAGAACAAAAAGAAUCAAUCGCUGCCCUUGAUGAAGCCCUUGCUUCCGACCCACAUAAUCCUGAAAUCCUUGAGGUGCAUGCAGAGCUUCUUCAAUCUAUCAAAGAUGCCGAAGAGGGUCUAUUUGUUCUCAAACGGGCUAGGUUAUUAAAAGAAGUUGAUAUUCUACAGAUGAAGAAUGACGGUGGUAAUAGGGAGAACCAAGAUCCUAUUGACUCCAAAGAUGUAAAAGUGGAACCAUUGAAGGAAGCUGAAGAUGUGAAUCAAGACAUUCUCGAUUCCAAACAAACAGAAGUGGAAACGCUGAAGGAAUACUCUGUUGGGUCAAAAUGUAGAUUCCGCCACUCUGAUGGACGAUGGUAUGAUGGUUUGAUUGUUUCAAUGGAAGGUCGUAAUGGUGCAAAAGUUUCAUUCCUUACUCCAACAUCGGAGAACCAGUUGAUUUGCAAGUUUUUCUUACAGCAGCGGUGUCGAUUUGGUACCCAGUGCCGCUCGUCCCAUGGCAUUGAUCUUCCUUUAUCCUCGUUGAAAAAAUAUAGUCCUACAACAUGGAAUCAGUCAUUGGUGGGAUCCAAUGUAUGGGCUACCUCUGAUAGUAAAACCGGAAUCUGGCGGGAAGCUGAACUUGAGUCAUGGGAUGAUGAACUCGGGGUGGGCCAGGUUGUUUUUCGAAACGAUGGUAGCUCUUCCAGCGUUGGAAACGAGUCUGUAUCUUUGUCUGAAUAUGCCCAAAUGACUGAUGAAGAUGAUAGUGAUUCAUAUUCAGAGUCAGAUCAAGACGAUCUUGCCGAUUGUGAAAUAGAAGACACUCCUGAAGGUUUAGGAUUUCUUGGGAGCUCAAAUCUUCAAAGAGGCAUACAAACCGAAACUGCCAUUUUUGCAACAUGGGAAAAUCACACCCGGGGUAUAGCUUCUAAGAUGAUGGCUAACAUGGGUUUUCGUGAAGGAAUGGGCUUGGGUGUGAAAGGUCAAGGAAGAGUGGACCCCAUUGCGGUUAAAGUGUUGCCUCCAAAGCAGUCUCUUGAUCAUGCUUUAAAAUCAGCUGAAAAUAAAGAUAAUCAAGAGAAAAAACGAAACAGAGGUGGGAAGAGAAAACGUGAUAAAAAAUUCGCAGCAGCAGCUAAAGCUGCAAAACAACAAGAGGAACCCGAGUCAGAUAUUUUUAGUCUUAUAAACACACAAUUAGCCAAGCAUGAUGAAGCAUUGAAAGUUGGAUCAGUCAAGAAACAACAAAAGAAAGAUUUACAGAUGGGUAAGAAUAGUGACAGACGGGCUCUGGUUGCUUUUGAGGAUGAGGUGAAGGAGUUCCGAGGCAGAGUUCAAAAACUAGAAGAGAUGGUAACUCGAAACAAGAAAGAGAAGGUGGUUUAUGAGGCAGCUCUUAGGAAGCUGAAUGAGACCCGUAAAGCUUUGGCAGAUGUUGAAGCAGCUCAUGCAUCGGCUUCUAAUGCUGUUUCCAGCAAAGAGAAGGAGAAGAGAUGGCUUAAGUUCUAAUGGGAAUUUAACAUUGUUUGUAUCAUUAUUCUUUAAGAAAUAUGAAUGUAAUUUAUUUGCUACAAAUCUACAAUAAGCUACUAGGUUCAUUUCUUCAUGAGAUUUUAGAUUGUUAUUUAUCUACAUAUAGCUGGAGUGGAAAAUGUAGUUAAUACUAAAAAAAUUUAUCUACUGUUCAAGAAGUAAUAUAAAGGCCGAAAAUCUGGUGAGAUCAUAUGUUUAAUAGUUA